AUGGAUUGUAUUGGAUCUGAAAUUAAUUCUGAAUUAAUGACACUACCGUUACCAGAAGAUAAAUUUGAAACAUGGGAUAUAUUCAGAUUAGUCAACUAUAUUCAAAAGAUGGAUAAUAAUAAAACAUUAGAUAUGAAAUUAUUGUCAAAUAAAACAGUGACAUUACUUACAACUUCUACAGCAGCUCGAACAUCAGAAAUUCAUGCAUUAAAAAUUCCACACAUAGAACAACAUAAAAAUAUAAUUGAAUUUGAAAUGAAUUAA